AUGCCUCCCAAAGCUGGACCGAGGCCUGGAGCCCGCAAAGGCCACCCCAGCCUGACUAUCGCGCAGCUCAAACAGUCCAUGCAGCUUCGCCAACAAGAGGAGGAGCGGCUUAAAAAAGAAGCGGAGGAAAAAGAAGCAAGGCUACGCGAGGAAGAGCGAUUGGCAAAAGAGCAGUUUAAAUUUGAGGAGGAGCAGCGCGCCCGCGAGCGGGAGCGCCGGAAAGAAGAAAUGCGUUUGCUUCGCAAGGAUAAAGCGAGUUCGAAUCAGGGCGUGCUCGAUCGAAUGCGGGCCGCCGGAUUUAUUCUGCCCGAUGUGGACAGAAUUCGAAAGGAGGAGGCCGAUGAGAAGUUGAAGGAGGUUAAGGCGCCCAAGAAGCCGAAACCACAACUGCAGGAUAUGAUAAAGCUGAACGCGGCGGCUCACCCGCCCUCGGAGGAUUCUGAGGAUGAAAUCAGCGAAGGCGAACGAACAGUCCCGACGGACUCGGACGAUGAGCUGAGCGAGGAUGAUUGGGAGGCCAUGGAGGACCGCGAUGAGCGCCGGACCAAACGCCAUCUCAACAACGAGCGAAUUCGCUCCGAGCGCCUCACCCGUCGGGCGGCGCUGGAAAAAGAACGCCAAGCGAAACGGGAUCAAAAUCACGUCCUGGAAAAUGUUAUAAAUCUCCGCUCGCCCAUUUGUUGUGUUCUCGGGCAUGUGGAUACGGGCAAAACGAGCCUGCUCGAUCGGAUUCGCUCCACAAACGUGCAGGGCGGUGAGGCCGGAGGCAUCACGCAGCAAAUCGGUGCCACAUUCUUCCCCCGCGAGGCCCUCGUCGCCGCGACGAAAGAUUUGAAUGAGCGGUAUAAUUACAAACUUAACGUGCCCGGGAUUCUCGUGAUUGACACCCCCGGACAUGAAUCUUUCACCAAUCUGCGAAAUCGCGGCAGCAGCCUCUGCGAUAUCGCAAUCGUCGUGAUCGACCUCAUGCACGGGCUGGAGCAGCAGACUCGUGAAUCCUUUCGCCUGCUUCGCGAGAAAAAAUGCCCUUUUAUUGUCGUGGUGAAUAAAGUCGAUCGAUUAUACGGCUGGGUGGCCAACCCCAACGAGGAUAUCCAGCAAACCCUCGAAAAGCAACCUCGCAAUGUCCGCAUCGAGUUCGAAACGCGCGUCGGGGAGGUCAAAACGCAGCUCGCAAUGGAGGGCUUCAACUCGGAGCUGUACUACAAAAAUACGGACUUCCGCAAGACCGUCUCCAUCGUCCCCACCUCUGCGCACACUGGGGAAGGGAUUUCCGACUUAAUUCUUCUCGAGAUCGAGCUCGUUCAGCAGUUCAUGGAGGCCAAAAUGACCUACAAAGAUGACCUGCAGUGCACGGUGCUGGAGGUGAAGCCGAUCACCGGGUAUGGUUUCACCAUCGACGUCAUUCUCAUCAACGGGGAACUGCACGAGGGAGAUCAAAUAUGCCUUUGCGGGCAAAACCAGCCCAUUUUUUCGCAAAUUCGCUCCCUGCUCACCCCGCAGCCGAUGCGCGAAAUGCGUGUGAAGGCGGAGUACACCCAUCGGAAGAUGGUUAAGGCGGCGAUGGGGGUGAAAAUCGCGGCGAACGACCUCGAGUACGUCGUCCCGGGCACCCCUUUGUUGGUUUACCACCACGAGGACGAGAAGGAAAAGGUCGCCGAGCUCGUCAUGACGGACUCCACCACCAUUCGCAGCCAGCUCAACGAAGAUGGGAUCGGGGUUACCGUGCAGAGCAGCACCCUCGGUGGCCUCGAGGCCCUUCUUUCUUUUUUAAAAGAUAUGAAAAUUCAGGUCGGGCAUGCCGCGAUCGGGCCCAUUCACAAACGACAUCUCAUCCAGGUGCUGUCGAUGAAGCGUCAGGAGCCGCGUUUUGCCGUCGUGCUCGCGUUUGAUGUGGUCGUCUCCGACGAGGCCCGCGAAGUCGCCGCGAAGAAUGAAAUCACAAUCUUCGAGGCCAACGUGAUUUACCACCUCUUCGACAAGUUUACCGAGUAUAUCGAAGGCUACGAGGCGCGGGAGAAGGACCGGCUGCGAAAUAUCGCGGUGUUCCCGGUUCGACUGAAGAUUAUCGACAACGCCAUCCACGCGACCGAUCCGAUUAUUUUGCCGGUGCUGGUCGAGCGAGGGCAGCUUCGCGUCGGAACGCCGCUCUGCGCGUUGAUCGGGGAAAAUGUGGUGCCGAUUGGUAAGGUGAUGAGCAUUGAGCGUGAAAAAAAAACCGUCCCGAUCGGUAAACCUGGAAUGGAGCUUUCAGUGAAGAUUAAUACAGGUGAUUCCGGCGUGACCUUCUCCCGUCAGUUCAACAAAGAUCACGUGAUCGUCUCGAAAAUCACGCGACCCUCUGUGGAUGCCGUGAAGAAGUUCAAGGAUGAGCUGACGGAGGAUGAUGUCAUUCUGCUUGCUACCCUAAUCAAGGUAUUUAAAGUGCCGAAAUAA